CAAUGUACGACCCCCCGCCUCAGUGAAAACCGAUCUCCGUUCUGACUAACCGAAUACCUCCUUAUAUGGCACACGGGGGCCACAAAAUCUGCGUUUUAUCUCAUCAAGUCCCGUUUUUACACAAAUUUGGCAACAUGUGCUCUAGUUUUACAACAGACAGAUUGCAAGGCACGUCUCCGACAAAAGUUUGGAGACUUUUGAAAACUUCUGAUGUUCCUCUGGUGAUCAGCUGAUCGGCUGGUUGUAGUUUAGUUUAUAUACACAAUGGCUACAAUCACAAAGGAAGUGAAUAUCUAACAAUUGCAUUGGAAUAUAUACAUGUUUGAUAAUAGUUCUGUAACGUGACAAUGGAUUGGCGUUAAACAACGAUGUUGAUUUGUGUACAACGGAUUUACAAGUCAAAAAGUUUUAUUUUGCUGUGAUCAUCAAACCGGAAAGGAAUUACACACAACUAAGGCUUAAAAUAUUAUAGUUAAAAAUAAUAUUGUAUCAUUUACCAUGUCUCAUCGAAGGAAAAGUGCUCACCCCCUGAACAAGCAGAAAAGGAUUGGGAGUGUUGUGGACCGAGUGCUAGCCGCAAAAACACGAGAAUACGCUCUUUUAUCCGGAGAGAAGGAUGCUGUCCAACAACCAGGGACCGUGGAAGAGCUUUUCAAGUCAAAUGAAAGUCCGUCAGCCAAUCGGAUGUCGCCAGCUGUAUCAACUGACGGCUCCAGCGAAUCAUCAUUCAAUGCCUUGCUUGAUUCAUCCAAUCAGAACAUCGCUAUCCCAGAUGACAUAUUUAAAGACUUUCAAGCCUUGAAGAGUGCCACUCAUCUCGACACUACCGAACUGAUGAGAAAAUUGUUGAAGGAAUACACAAGUGGACCAGAAUCUGAUGCAGAGGGCAGCAACAACAUCGAUCAGAAAAAGUCACCUUCAAUGGAACAGAACCAAGAUGUCUCUAGCCUCUCCGAGUAUUAUAAAUCGGAGGCUGAUGACGUCACGAAAUCUGACAAUGAAAUAUCGUACCAGUCUGAUGUGAACGAACCCCUGGAUCUGUCCACUAUCAAAACCGAAAAACAAGACAAGUAUAAUGACUAUGGCACUGGUAUGACCCCGGUGACCUUGGCUCGUGACCUCUCGCAACAGAUCAACGUCCGUCAUGGGUCAACACUUUUUCCUACCAAUAUUGAGACACAGAAAUCGCCACCUUCCUAUGGUGAUGGAAAUCCUGGAGGCAUGAUCCUGUAUCCAUUUUUUGGCGCGAAUGCACAGUAUCCCUUAUCUGUACCCGAAGCUUCAAUGAAGGUUCCGACAGUGAUGCACCAACCUGUUCUAGGCGAUCGCGAACAGACGGAGAACCCAAACCCAGCAUCUCCAGAGCAACAUCACAUGAUAAACAGUAACGAACAACCGGAAAGUAAUUUUCAGUCAGAGAACUACAGAGAAGUUCAGUUUCAAAAUGGAUCAGUUAAAAUCAAAGGCACUAAGUUACAUCCGGAAAUUCAAGUUGGUGAUUUGACAGAAAGUGGUCAAAACACACCAAUCGAAAGUGAACAAAUUUCCUUACAGUUUCAAACUGUAUCGCCAAAACUGAUCGCGAACGGAAGUAACACAGAUUCCACUGCCGUUGUCAUGCCAACGGACGCGACACCGGUACCAAUAGCAGCCAUUCCGACAACUCGGGAAAUGAUGCCAAAUUUGUCAUCGGUGCAACAAUCAGCUCCCCAAAUCGCUGGCGUUCUUCCGACGGUAAUGACCCCUUCUGAACUUUCGAAUAUGAAUUUUGCCGAGAACUACGCAGCUGCGACUGCUCAACUGCAGUUGCAGGAGUUUCAGAAGCCGUCUAAAGUAUCGGGAAAAUCUAAGAAUGUAAACAAAAAAUCUGGGCAAAUGAAACUGAUUGCAGAGAACACAUCCCACCACGGAGUUUACACUAGCGUGUUAAAAUUGCCUUGGAGUCGACGUACACGAACACCGAAGACGGAGAGUAACGAAAAAAGCAGUCAGCAACAGCAAAAAUUACUGCUAAAACAACAACAACAACUUCAACAACAACAACAACAACAACAACUGCAACAACAGCAACAACAACAACAACAACAGUUAAUGCAACAACAGCAGCAAGGUCAACAACCUCUCAUGUUGCUACCCGUGGCCACAACGAAUUUACCGUCCUCCCAAGCUGGGGUGUUCAUUCCCGCCACAAAUUUCUCCAUGCCAACCGUCAUGUCAAACCCUACCGAUUCGUCUGUGAACAGCGCUGUUAUGACUUCGACGGUAACCACGCCUGCGAUCACACCUAUAGCCACACCAACUACAACCCAACCUAUGAUGAUGGUUUAUCCCAAUGCCACGUUUGGCACUGUAAAUAAACCUGUGAGGAAACGAGGUCGUCCGCCGAAAGUUCCCGUGUUAGCCCGGAUGUUAGCUGAAGCAAACAAAAGAGCCGCUUUAGACAUGCAACAGAUUCCAAACUUUUUCCAGAACUUUCCAGCAUGUCAGCAACCGGCGGCUAUUGUUUUGAAUGUAAACAAUAUGGUCAAUCCGGCCGUGCCUGGGUCAAUUACGACGCUCAAUCCUGUGACGUCGUCAUCAAGCACACCCAGUAAUCCACCCGCUGUUGUUACCGCCCCAACGGAUACCGUUCCAAUCGAGCAGAUCCCAAUUCAGCCCCAUACUCUAGAUUUACAGCAAACAUUGCCAGUUUUGUCCAAUCAAAUUCCCGUCCAGCAAAUUCAAACACCGGAUAUAGCUACCCCUGCACCAAUUGCUCAUGCGAUGGACAACGACCCGCGCUACAGAACAUUGACACAUGCUGAUGUUUCCAGUCCGACUCUUCAAAAUCCUUCACCAGAUCUGAUGCCAAAGUCACAACCUCCUCAGCCAGAAUUAAAAACUAUAUCCACUACAAGCGUCGCGAAAAACGACUCUGGCGCCCUCUACCAAGAAAUGAUCCUUUCAUCCAAAGCGUUGGUGAAUGUGAAACCUAGGCGACGUCAAACAACCACAGAACUCCUGAAAUCUAAAUCCGGAGCCGACAGUUUUAUAUGCACCUCCUUCCGUCUUCGAUCGUCACCGGGAAAGGCAAAAGAAAAGAGAACGGCUGUGGUCACGGGUAUGAAACGUCGAGGUCGACCGCCAAAAAGGAGAGUAAUGGGAAUGUUUGACCACCAAACUGAAAGUAUGGGCAAGAAGACAACUGACCAACUAGCUUCACAAGUUCCAAUUUCAGACUCUCAAUCAAUAGCACAAUUGUACGGCGAGACGAAUCUCGACGCCUUGCACUCACCAACAGAAAUUGGACAAACCGCGCUAAAUUUGACUGGAGGCGACCACCUAGACCAAUGUCCAAGAAGCCUGAGCAGUUCAGAAGAACCACGUCUGUUUGACGGAGAAAUUGAUAGCACCUAUGACAACCCGUUGUUAGGGAAUCAGUUCGGUGUUGAAGGAUCGCUAUCAGAUGGAUGUUUACCUCGAGAUACAUCUCAAGGGCGCUUCAUUUUCUCUAGCGAUGAUGAUGAAGCUCGUUUGAAUCGAGAACAAAAAGUUGGUUUGGAUUGCGACCUUGAGCGCGACGAGAGUUCCAACGAUGAUAAUGAUUGUCUGUCUAACGAUAUGUUUUCAAAAUUAUUUCAUUGCAAAGUGUGCAAUGAAAUUAUACCGGUGGAAAAGAAAAACGAGCAUUGGGAAAAGCACGCGCGUGUGAAACUAAAGUGUGUCACGUGUGCCGCAACUUGUCACAAGUUUCUGACUAAGGAACAAAUGUCGUCCGAUUCUGCGCGAGAACAUAUGCAAUGUGACAAUUGUGAACGGUCAUCUGAGAUGGACAUUUCUGACCCACCUCUUUCUACUAUUGUCCAGUGUGAAAUAUGUCAGGAGAGUUUCCCAGAUGGACGAACAUUAAAACGACACAUCAAGGUAGAACAUCCUGGAACGUAUGCUCUGCAAAAAGCAAAGCUCAUGAGCAUCAGGAAACACUCGGAGGACCAAUCUCACUCGAAUCCGAAAUCACAUGAACUGAAAGUGUAUUUAUGUCCUGUUGAAGAAUGUCAGAAAAAGUUUUAUUCAAAGUUUCGGAUCAAGCUGCACAUGAAAAAGUGGCAUACUAAUAGACAGGGUUCUCCCUCCUCUAGUACGGAGGGAGGUAAAAAGAACGGAGGUAGUCGUAGCCAAUACCGACAGUUUACAGUGAAAGGCUACACGUGUUCUUGGCCCGGCUGUGAUGAGGAAUUUCAGACAGAACGAAAUUUGAAAGUACACCUUUUGCUUCACAGAGAUGAAAAACCUCUCAAAUGUGACUUCUGCGACUAUCGCUGUCGUCAGAGAACAGCUCUUGGAUGGCACACUCGUAAACACCAUCCAGAAGCUUCAAACGUCCUCAUGACAUACACACAAUCAGGCUCAACGGAAAGCUCUGCACCUGGCGAGGAAAAUGGCGUCGAGUAGUUAUCAGCGGAUAUUCUGAUUCAGUAGAAAACUUAGGGUCAUAAAAAAUAUGUGAAGUUAUUAUCGUGAAUUCAAACGUUUACGAAACAUCAGCAUAUUCGUUAGAAUUAGGGCUGCUUGGAGAAUGAACACUUGGCUAUGAUUCUGUUAAAUGCUCUAUUGCCAUGCUAUUAACCGAGACGAGAAAUGAAAGAUACCUGAUCAUCAUGACUGACUAAUCGAUAAACCACCUCAUAUGGACAAUGAAUAGUUUAGGCUUCUGUGAUUAUACGGUGACAAUUCGGACUCAGGGAACAAUGUCUGCUGCUAUGGAAUAAAUGUUUUAGCAGUUA